GCGGCCACGCCACUACCUCGGCGCCCCCCGACGCGUGCCCAUCGACGAGUGCGGCCCGAUUCGCCGACCCCGCCGUCGUCUAUCACCGCCGUGAGCCGGCCCCUCCAGCCGCUCCCGACGUUCCGGUGGCUCACUCCGAGUCAUUCGUAUACCACCCGGUCGUCAUCCAUCGCGACCCCGGGCACGUCCACCCGAUGGUGACUCGACGCGCUGCUGGCGUUCUCCGCCCCGUCGACCGGCUCAUCCUGGCAGCCGCUACGACCAGCACUCCACCCGACGCUUCCCCGGUACCCUCCUCCGUUCGCACUGCCCUCGCCGACCCACACUGGCGUCGCGCUAUGGAGGAGGAGUACGCGACCCUCUUGGCCAACCACACUUGGGACCUGGUGCCACGUCCACCAGGCACCAACGUGGUCACCGGCAAGUGGCUAUUUCGCCACAAGCUGACCUCGGACGGCUCCCUCGACCGCUACAAGGCCCGUUGGGUCCUUCGGGGCUUCACCCAGCGCCCCGGAGUGGACUACGACGAGACCUUCAGCCCUGUCGUCAAGUUCGCACUAUUCGCGCCGUCCUCUCCCUCGCCCUCUCCCGCGACUGGGCGAUCCAUCAGCUCGAUGUCAAGAAUGCCUUCCUCCACGGCACUCUGACGGAGACUGUCUACUGCAGCCAGCCCACCGGCUUCGUCGACGCUGACCGUCCGGACCUGGUUUGCCGGCUGAACCGAUCCCUGUACGGCCUCAAGCAGGCGCCACGGGCUUGGUACAGCCGCUUCGCCUCCUACCUGGCCUCCGUCGGCUUCGUCGAGGCCAAGUCGGACACGUCCCUGUUCAUCUACCGGCGCGGCGACGACACCGUCUACCUCCUGCUCUACGUCGACGACAUUGUGCUCACGGCCUCCACCGCCGACCUCCUUUGCCGCACGAUCGUCGCCCUUCAGCGGGAGUUCGCGAUGAAGAACCUGGGGCCCCUCCACCACUUCCUCGGCGUCACCGCCGAACGUCGGCCUCAGGGUCUCUUCCUCCACCAGCGCCAGUACGCCAUCGACAUCCUGGAGCGGGCUGGCAUGUCUGACUGCAAGCCCUGCACCACGCCUGUCGACACUCAGGCGAAGCUCUCUGAGGACGACGGGCCUCCGGUCGCCGACGCGACGUCCUACCGGAGCCUCACCGGCGCGCUCCAGUACCUCACGUUCUCCAGGCCCGACAUCGCUUACGCCGUCCAGCAGGUGUGCCUGCACAUGCACACUCCGCGGGAGCCCCAUCUCACUGCGCUUAAGCGGAUUCUACGCUACCUCCGCGGCUCCCUCGACUACGGCCUCCUACUCCGCCCAUCCCCGACGUCGGAGCUCGUGGUCUACACCGACGCUGACUGGGCUGGCUGUCCCGACACGCGCCGGUCCACCUCCGGCUACGCCGUCUUCCUGGGCGCCAACCUCGUCUCUUGGGCCGCCAAGAGGCAGCCCGUCGUCUCUCGCUCCAGCGCUGAGGCCGAGUACCGUGCCGUGGCCAACGGCGUGGCCGAGGCCUCCUGGCUGCGCCAGCUCCUCCACGAGCUUCACAGUCCCCUCCAGCGCGCCACCCUCGUCUACUGCGACAACGUCAGCGCGGUCUACCUCUCCACCAACCCCGUGCAGCAUCAGCGCACGAAGCAUGUGGAGAUCGACCUGCACUUCGUCCGCGAGCGUGUCGCUGCCGGUGACGUCCGCGUUCUCAGCGUCCCCACCACGCUUCAGUUCGCCGACAUCUUCACCAAGGGGUUACCGUCGAGUGUCUUUUUAGACUUCCGAUCCAGUCUCAACAUCUGUACAGGAUAGAGUUGUGACUGCGGGGGGUGUUAGACUACCCGUCUAGGGUUUGUGUUAUUCCCUGUGUAAUGAUCGUUAUACCCCUGUGUAAUGGGCCUUGGCCCAGUUACUCUCUCUAUUUAAUAUCACUCCCAACCCCUGAUUAGGGUAUGGGUUCCUA